GUGGAUCUUGAAGGUGUUUCGUUCUUCAGCAAACUGACCGGAUAAUUAUCUGAGGAAGAAGUACACCUUAAACCAAACCAGCAAAACAUAAUGUCUGACGUUGAAGAACAACCACAAGUCGUUGAAGAGGAAGUCGUCGUUGAAGAAGAAGCUUCCGUCACCCUUGAAGACUGUAUCAAGAAGGUUCUCAGAACCGCUCUUGUUCACGACGGUUUAGCCAGAGGUUUGAGAGAAGCCACCAAGGCUUUGACCAGAGGUGAAGCUCAAUUGUGUGUUCUCUGUGACGCUGUUACCGAAGAAGCCAUCACCAAGUUGGUUGAAGCUUUGUGUAACGAAGGUGACAACAAGAUCCCAUUGAUCAAGGUCUCUGACGCCAAGCAAUUGGGUGAAUGGGCUGGUUUGUGCCAGGUCGACAGAGAAGGUAACGCCAGAAAGGUUGUCGGUGCCUCUUGUGUUGUCGUCACCAAGUGGGGUGCUGACUCUGAAGAAAGAAACAUUCUUUUGGAAAGUCUUUCCCAAUAAUUGUGCUGUAUAUGACAUCUUUUAUAAUAUGAUUAUUAGAGAAUAAAAAAAAGUAUAGUAUAGUUACACAUCAUCAUCGGAGUUAUUACUUAGUUAUCAACAUGAACGGUUGGUGAUCGGCCAUACGCGGUAUCAUC